CUGUCAGUCAUGAGGUCACUUCCGGCGGGUGUGAGCUCCGGAGCUCUGCUUUGUAUGGACAUGGUGGGGGAUUUUUGACAGCGCCAGUUGGGAAACAAACAAGGACGUGGUUAGGAUCGGGGACUAUUUUUUUUCUGGUCCCUUCUCGCUCCUCGAUCUCGCACCCACCGAUUCUCAACCGAUCGAGAUUCUUUCGAGGAUAUGGCGGCUUCGGAUCGGGCUGUCUGUUGUGAGUCUGAUGAGUGAGAGUGCCGGUAGCCAGCUCCUCCACAGUGAUGGUCGACAUGGAAAGCCACUACCAUCCCCCUUCUCCCCUGGAGGACUCGGUGCUGGGGAGCCCCCUGUGCGCUGAUGAUGACUUCAUGGGCGGCAUGGAGGAGCUCCAGGACAUCUCCCAGUCCAUCGACAAUGAUACCCUCAGCUCCUUCGAUGUCCCUGAAUACCAGUCCUCCAGCAAUGGCUCUGAAGGUUCUGCUGUUUUAGAUGCCCUGACGCCAGCAUCCAGCCCGUCGUCGGUUGUUUACGGGCUGGCAGCUUGCCAGGAGGAGUUCUCGGCCUCCUCCUCAUCGCUCAACCUGGAGUGUCGAGUCUGUGCUGACCGCGCCUCAGGCUACCACUAUGGAGUCCACGCCUGCGAGGGCUGUAAGGGAUUUUUUCGGCGGACCAUCCGUCUGAAGCUGGAGUACGACAAGUGUGAACGCCGCUGCAAGAUCCAAAAGAAGAACCGCAACAAGUGCCAAUACUGCCGCUUCCAGAAGUGCCUGUCAGUGGGCAUGUCCCAUAACGCUAUCCGUUUUGGCCGGAUGCCCCAGUCAGAGAAGCUAAAGCUGAAGGCGGAGAUGGUAACAGGGGACAGGGAGGUGGAAGACCCCCAGCUGGCCGACCAGAAGACGCUGGCCAGGCAGAUUUAUGAGGCCUACCUCAAGAACUUCAACAUGAACAAGGCCAAGGCUCGAACCAUUCUCACGGGCAAGACCAGCACCCCUCCUUUUGUCAUCCAUGACAUGGAGACCUUACAGCUGGCAGAGCAGACCCUGGUGGCAAAGAUGGUUGGCUCAGUGGGAACGCUGAAGGACAAGGAGGCAGAAGUCCGGAUUUUCCACUGCUGCCAGUGCACGUCGGUGGAAACCGUCACCGAGCUCACAGAGUUUGCAAAAUCAGUCCCUGGGUUCUCGAGCCUGGACCUCAAUGAUCAGGUGACUCUUUUAAAAUAUGGUGUGUACGAGGCCCUCUUCGCCAUGCUCGCCUCCAGCAUGAACAAGGAUGGGCUUCUCGUGGCUUAUGGCUCAGGCUUCAUUACCCGGGAAUUCCUCAAGAGCCUGCGGCGGCCGUUCAGUGACAUGAUGGAGCCAAAGUUUCAGUUUGCAAUGAAGUUUAACGGGCUGGAGCUGGAUGACAGUGACCUGGCUCUCUUUGUGGCCACCAUCAUCUGCUGUGGAGACCGACCAGGCCUGGUGAAUGUGGCGCACAUUGAGCGAAUGCAGGAGAGCAUUGUGCAGGUGCUACAGCUCCAUCUGCUGGCCAAUCACCCUGACGACACUUUCCUCUUCCCCAAGCUGCUGCAGAAACUGGCUGACCUCCGGCAGCUGGUCACUGAGCACGCACAGCUGGUGCAGGAGAUCAAAAAGACAGAGGACACCUCACUUCACCCACUCCUGCAGGAGAUCUACAGAGACAUGUACUAAGGGCUGUGAGGAAUAACCAGGAGAUGCGCUUUGCAAACCAUCUCCUUUUUUUCAGGGACAGAAGAAGAAAAAGAAAAGUCCUCCAUAAGCUAGGCUGAACCACUUACACCCCCUGUAAUGCAGCAAGUGUUGGCUUUGGCUUGUGGUCAGCACAAGAGGUCCUGUUCGUAGUUAGUCGUUCUCUUGGUGAACACAGUGCCGUCCACUCUACUGUGUGGACCUUCAGAGGCAGAAAGUCAUGUAUGCAAAGGUGUGAUGUACAGGUGAUUGGGCCCAUACCUACAUAUACCACCUCUUGGAUAUAAACUCUAAAUGCUAAUUUGAAGCCGCUGAGGUGGGAUCCGUGGUUACCCCCAUACUGCCCCUUAACAAGCCCUAAAAUGAGGAAAGAAAGUGAACAUGAUAUUUGCCACUCCAGCAGUAUGCUUGAAAGUAGAUUUUUAUAAUGAUGUCAAAGAGCCAUAUACCCUCACAGUGUACGACACCCAGUGACUUCAGUGGCAGCACCAACAUUAAAACAGAGAUGAUACGGUUUUUUUAAGCAAGGCAGCUUCUGACAAAUUGGCUGUCAAUAAAGGGCAAGGAUGGUUCUCCAUCCACCAGCCCUCCAGCAUGUUCUUCACCAUUUUAUAUCCAGAAACACAACUGUGAUGCCACCAGGCUCCUGAACAUAAUCACUUGUUUGUACUGUAAGUUUUCUAAGCCAUACUUUGUUUGUGACGAUACUGGAAAUGAUCAAUGUCUUUCAUAUCCGUUUCUCUUCCUCGCAAGACAACAUCGAGACUUGGUGUGGAUUAUCUUCACUCAGCUUGUCCACAAACAGAAAAGGGCAAUAAUAUAUUAUAUAUAUCAGAAUAAGGCAGCAAAAUCAAAAGAGAAGAAAGUCUGAAGAAAGAAAAUUUGAAGUUCUUCAAGAUUGAAAUGAUCACAGACAAGAGAUUGGCUGUGCACAUGCACCAUGAUGCACAUCUGAAGCACACACAUGCUUGCAAUACGCUGACAUGACAGGAUUUUGUAUUGGACCUCUGUUAAAUGCCUUUUUCACAAAACACAUGCACAGACGUUUGGCACUCCAUCCUGUUUUGUGUCCUGGUAUUCAAGGGCUAACACCAAGAUAAACCGCAUUACAACCUUAAUACAGGCAGACUGGAAAGCGGAUUUUCUAGAAAUGAAUUCAUCUGUUUUUUAAAUUCUCGCUUAGUAAAGUCCUGUUCUUCUCAUUAGUUUCUCUCAGUUAGGUGUGUUGUGUCUCCUUCUCCUGUCAGUCUGUCUGCCUUUUAUUGUGUUUCCCUGGCUGUGUGUGUUCCUCAUAACACAUGCCGCUGAUUGCUGCAGAUUUAAGAUUCAGGGGUCUUAUGUGUGCAUUUUUAUAUGACAGCAAGUGCAAACAUUCUUUUUUCAUUCAUAGAAAUAAAUAAUGGAUGAAUGGCCUCAUAGAUUAAACCAAACAGUUUGACAUUUUACAUCAUCAGAAACCAUUUUGGGUGAAAAGAUUUCUGUCUUGUUCUUGUAGUUUCCUGGUCAUUUUUGGUUUUUGGUUAGAAAAUCAAAGGACAAACACAAACACAGAGAUAAAUCAGACUUUUUCAACAGUUUGUCAAGUGUCUGCUGAUGGAUUAAGACCAAAUACAUUUUCCCACGAGAUCCUUUUGUCAGGAUGAUAACGGUGUGUGUGAAGAUGCCACUCCAGUAUUUUGUUGUCAUACUGCCUUUUUUUUUUGUAGAAAGCCAACAUGAACUACACAGAAGACUUACAGUGGGGGAAUAUUGAUAAGGAAAUGAUGAAAGCAUGCGCGGCUGAUGUGUUUUCAUAAGAUAUAUGUAAAUCUGUAAGAGAAUGCUCCCCUCCCCCCCGUCCAUUUGCUUAGCCAACCAAAAUCUCCUAAAAUCAUUAUGAAUUUGUUGAAUUUAAGUCACAAGAAAUGGACCUUGUGGUUAUAAUAACAUCAUAUUGUAUAAACUGAGCAUCAUGUACAUAGCUGAAAUGAUCACGGUGACUGUUCGCUCUAGCUUUUAACCCAUGAGGUAUACAAGGUACUAAUGAUGAUCAACUUUUGUAUUCCUCUCUUUGGUAAAUACUUUUAAAUGUUUGAACUUUUACAGUAAAUGUAGUUAUGUACUGUAUGUUCUUUUUUGCUUAAAUGCCACAUACUUGUGUUUUAAUUGAAUUGGAUAGUAUUUUUAUACUAAAGUAUAUAUGUAUGACUAAAUCAGAUAAUUGUUUAUUUGAAAUGGCACGACUGAAGAGUGCAGUGUAAAUAGAUUUAAGGGUAACAGGGCAACUGGUAAUCUGAGUAUCCAUAAAUCUGAAUCCCAUUGGGGACAUUCCUUUUUGUUAAUCGCUAUCUUUAGGUAGAGAACCAUCAGUGCUGCAGUCUGCAUUCGGUUCAUUCAACUUCGUUUCACCUACAUGUCAAAUUAAGCUAUUGUGAUUUGAAACUGAAAGCACUUGUGGGCUACUCGCUCGCAACUUCGGGUAGCUGAUGAAAAUCUGACCUUUGUAACCUUUUUCAGUGCAGUGAAAACUACAUUUAUCAUUUGAAAGGUGAAGCUACAGCUCAGCACUGACCAUACAAUGCUGAUUUCCUCCUCUUACACUCUGUUCUCAGGUUGCACAUCAGAAAAAAAACAAAUGGGUAAUAUGCACAGAAUUUCACCAUUGUUACCAGAAAUCUUCCGUAGUUGCCUCCUCUCAACAAACAAACUUUUAAUUUCUGUUUCUUUUUUUUUUUGACACAUUAGACCCCACUGAUUAAAUACAGAAACUGAAUGCAGUCAUAAUUUGCCACAUUAUACAUGUUGUACAUGUUAUUACAGUAAAUAAGACGCAGUAAUGAAAAUGCAGUAUAUUUUGUUUUACAGUCUUGUCUUUGUCUCUGUUUUGUCAGACUUUUCUCUCCUCACUCGCUGCUAUAUUGUACUAACUCACCAAGCAUUUCUUAUGCCAUGAGUAGAUUACUGACCUUCAAGCUGCCUCUCCUUACUUAUUAUAUCUUCUCACAGAAUGUCAAUCCCACAUGCAGAAUUCAUUCAUUCAUAGCAGCUUGGUUCUUCCCCUCGCAGCUUCCUGAGCCUUGGGGAUCCCAGCUAUGCUUCGGGGUUAGCCACAAACAAGCCGUGCCUUAGCGUGUGCCCAUGCCAUAAAACACCAGAGAUUCAGAAAACACACUUGACUUGUGUGUGCACACACACUUUUAGAGUGGUCAACAGUCCGUGUCGUCAGCUGGCGUUAGCUUCUCGUGACACGAUGCGUCCACACAGACAGGAAAUGAUGUCACAGCAGAUCAAGGAAACUAUCUUGUGUACAGCAGAGGUUCAGAAGUGCUGUUGAAGCUUCAUUUUACAGAACUCGGCAGUAACAAUGAAGGGUUUGCUUUAAAAAAAAAGACAGACUAAACAGAAGAUGUUUGAAACACUAGAGCUACGCCGCAGAGGAGAGGUCGUGCAAAUUUGUGAUGUCUGCUUACCCUUAGGAAUGUCUGUUUUGUGUUGAACUGACAAGGGACUUUUUAACUUAUAUCAGGGAAACCUAGUCUUCCUUUGUUGAACUAGCUCAGGAUAUAGAAAGAUAAUAUUUCUCCCUCUGUCUCUCUUUUUUUCCUGGUAUGACUUUUAGUUCUCUGUCUUACAGCACACAAACGGCAAAAACAAUUCUGAUUAGUAUGACCUUUAUUUUCCAAACUGAUGAUGAUGAUGUUAUCAGGGAGCAGCAGUCAUAGGAAUUGUUUUUUUGAUUUUUUUUUUUCCCUCCUAGAUUUUAUGGAGUUGUUUUUGUGGCUAUAGUGUUGUGCGAAGAGACAACAGAGACUGUCUUCGGAUGUGUUGUUAAUGUGUACUGUGGCGUGAUAACAAUACUGUAAAUGUUUGAUGAAUGUAUAACUAGUCAUUUAAACAAUGGGAUAAGUUGACAUUGAAUGGAUUUCAAAAUAAAAUGAUUUUUAAAACCCACCA